UCAGAUCUUAACCUUAAAUCCUUUAUCUUCUAAAGAUUCUUGGACUCUAUUUUGUGCAAAAGCCUUUCAAGGUAAUGCAUGUCCAGCUCAUUUGGAGGAAAUUUCAAGAGACAUCAUGAAAAGAUGUGAGGGAUUGCCUCUUGCCAUUGUUGCAAUAGGAAGCAUGUUGGCCACAAAGGACAUCAAUAGGGUAGAUGAAUGGGAGAUUGUUCACCGUUCUCUACAGGCUGAAUUACAAGGAAAUACAAGACUGAAAGGCAUGCAAGCCAUACUUUCACUUAGUUUCAAUGAUUUGCCUUACCACUUGAAGCAUUGCUUCAUGUAUCUAAGUUUAUUCCUUGAGGAUUAUUCGAUUAAACGCAAUGUCCUGAUUCGAUUGUGGAUUGCUGAAGGUUUCAUAGAAGAAAUUGAAGGAAGAACAUUAGAAGAAGUGGCAAAUGGUUGUUUCAACGAGCUUCUUAACAGAAGCUUGGCCCAAGUAAAUGAUAGAUAUAGUGAUGGAAGAGUUAAAAGUUGUCGAGUGCACGAUAUUUUAAGGGAAACUAUGCUUCUAAAAUCGAAAGAUCAAGGCUUUGCAGCAAUAACUAAUAAAGAGAGCAAUAAAAGGCUUCCAGAAAGAGUUCGACGACUAUCUGUGCAUGAAGGAACAAAUAUAGAUGCAUCUAGGGACAAUCAACUAUCUCAACUGCGCUCUUUAUUCUUUUUCACCAAAGAAAAAGAUGUCUGGAAUAAAUUCAUGUCUUCAUUUUCUGAGCAGGGGUCAAGACUUGUCAAGGUGUUGGAUUGUACAUGUGCACCUACGACUACAUUUCCACAGAGUAUCACAAAGCUAUACCAUUUGCGAUACCUAUGUUUAAGAGAUACCGAUGUAAGUUCAAUUCCACCCUCAAUUGCGAAUCUUCGACAUCUUGAAACGUUAGACCUCAAAAGGACUCUUGUGCAAGAGCUACCUAGUGACAUUUUACGAUUACAGUGUUUGCGACAUGUAAUAGUUUAUGAUUUUAGAAGUUUUCCCACAUUGCAUGGCUUUAAGGCUUUAAAAGGAAUGGAAUCCCUUUCUUCCUUGAGAAAACUCAUUUUUGUUGAGGCAAAACAGGGUGAAACUGAGCCUAUGGUAUCCGUAGGAAGGCUAACACAACUGACGAGGUUAGGCAUCCGACAGCUUGGAGAUGAGCAUGGAGAUGCACUAUUCUCUUCAAUUCGUGAAUUAAAGCUCCUUCGUUCAUUGAGAUUGGUUUCAAGAACAGAGGAUGAAGCCCUUAGUUUCCAAUUUAAAUCCUUUUCAUCUCUUCGAUUACUCCAGAGAUUAUACAUAAGAGGUCGCGUGGAGAAGUCAAUAGAAGGACUACAAAACCUUACAAACUUGUCUAAAUUAUUUCUGAGUGGUAGUAGGUUGCAGGUAGAUCAGCUAGAGUCAUUACAAGAUUUGCCCAAUCUAGUAUCACUCUGCUUUUAUGAAGGAGCUUAUGAUGGGGAGUCACUAUGUUUUAAAGCUGGGAGUUUCUUAAUGCUCAGACAUCUCCGUAUUUCAAGAUUGGAGAACUUAAGAAUGGUGACAGUGGAAGACAAAGCAUUGUCUCAUCUCGAACUUAUGCAUUUCAAUGAUUGCAAAUUCCUGAAGGAAAUACCAUCAGGAAUUGAACGCCUAAGAAACCUCCAACUACUUCAAUUGUUAAAUUUGGCCGCAGAAUUGACAACAACUGUAUAUCGUGGAAGUGAACAUGAUAACUACUCAAAAGUAAUGCACAUUCCACGUGUUUUCAUCGGCCAGUGGAGUCCUGAAAGCGGAACUGUUGGUGAUUGGCUUUAGAGAUGUAUUAAAGAUGUGAGUUCGUGAUGAGAAGUGGACAAGGAUCAAAACCGA